AUGAGCACUCAACCUCCUUACCACACCUCCACCUUCGGGGCCCCCAACCAGGACCCCAGCGCUGCCACCCCAAUUGGAACGCAGGUUGGCGCUGCUCCCCCCACGGAUCCAAUAACUGGACCUGCGCCUUCUACUGCUGGCCCUCACCAGUCCAACAUGGGCAAUCAGCUUGAUCCUCGCGUGGAUAGCGACCGGAGCAAUCGUGGUCAGCACGCCCCCGGAACCACUGCCGCGGGCAACGCCCACCACACCUCGCACAACCAGGGGUACAACCAGAGUUCCAACGCUGGUCCUCACAGCUCUUCCCUGAUGAACAAGGUUGAUCCCCGUGUGGACAGUGAUCUCGACAACCGGGCCCAGUAUGCUCCUGGGACCACUGCUUCGGGCAAUGCCCACCCUGGCACUACCCAGGACAAUGCGUACAGCCAUGGCGCCAACGACGGUCCCCAUAGCUCAUCGAUGAUGAACAAGGCCGAUCCUCGCGUGGACGCCCAGACCGGAGAGACAAGCACCAAGACCACGACCCAGACCGGUUCGGGCGCCGUGCACACGCCUGCCGACACUUCCAGUCACGCGGCAGGAGCUGGAUAUGGCUCUACUGCUGGACACGCACCGAUCCACGCCCGUGCCAACCCUGAACAUGAGGCCAAGUACGUCCCUCACGGUGAGCAGCGCGAGUAUGAUACCACCACUGCCACGGGCUCGAGCGGUACCGGGUCUAAGUCCGCUCAAAAGGGCGAGAAACUUGGCAACAACGUCAAGUCCAUGUUCGCGGGAGUUCAUGGCGCCGGAGAAUCGCUUCGUGGUGGCCUCACUUCGGCCGUAGAUAAGGCAUUCGGUCACGAAGAGGGCGCGGCGAAGAACGCAGAAAUUGCUAAUAAAGGCGAUCGUCAGAUUCAGUCGGGGCAGUUUGGUCGGAAUGCCCAUUGA